UGAACUAUAUUAUAAUUCGUGGCAGUGGUAAGGCAGUUUAGACAGUUCAAUAUUCACCGCCAGUUGUGUUACACGGUGUUGUGAAAAUAAGUUCAUUGGAUUCUUCUUGAUUCGGAAUUUUGCGAGGCUCGUUAAUAAUUUAUCGAGAUAGUGAGCCUCUUGCGUAUCAGAGUGCAACUGUAUAGUGUCUGUUUCACCUUCCUCCCUAACCUGGUGUACGUAUAUAUAAUAUUAAUUGAGCGCGUCAAAUAUCAGCUCGUUUAGCUUGGGUUAUUAAAUUUCCGGUCAUAGAAAGGUCGGUCUAUGCUAAAUUUAGGCCAGUGCUUUGAACUUUUCUUUGAACUUUUUCAGUGAAAAAAUCCAAUUCCACCGGGUGAAUCGAAAUGUCGCAAAUUGGAAUACAAACUUCCGAUCAGUUCAAAUUGUUACCGAAGAUUGUCAAUGGCGGUAUUGCUGGAAUUAUUGGAGUGUCGGUGAUUUUCCCAUUGGAUUUGGUGAAAACACGAUUGCAAAAUCAAGUUGCUGGACCUGGAGGAGAGAAAUUAUAUUCUUCAAUGUUUGACUGUUUUAAAAAAACCUAUAAAGCUGAAGGUUAUUUAGGUAUGUACAAGGGGUCAGCUGUAAAUAUUCUUUUAAUCACUCCAGAGAAAGCCAUAAAGCUUACUGCCAAUGAUACAUUUAGAUAUUAUUUAUCCAGUGAUUCCAGUAAGCCAUUAUCAUUGGUGCGGGAGAUGUUGGCUGGUGGAUCAGCAGGAGCUUGUCAAAUAAUUAUUACAACACCAAUGGAAUUGUUAAAAAUUCAAAUGCAAGAUGCUGGUAGAUUAACAGCUGCAACUGCAAAUACAGCAAAAAAUGCUAAAGUGUUAAUAUCUAAGAAGGCAUCUGCUCUCUCUUUGGCACACGAACUUUGGAAAAAGAAAGGAAUUUUAGGACUGUAUCAAGGUACAGGUGCAACUGCAUUGAGAGAUAUUACAUUUUCCAUUAUUUAUUUUCCCUUAUUUGCUAGAUUAAAUAAUCUAGGUCCAAAACGUUCCGAUGGCUCUUCUGUUUUUUGGUGCUCGUUCCUAUCCGGUUGCGUUGCUGGUUCAACAGCAGCAAUAACAGUAAAUCCAUUUGAUGUAAUUAAAACAAGAUUGCAGGCAAUAAAUAAAGCUCCCGGUGAACCAACUUAUAACGGAGUUCUAGACUGUAUUGGAAAAACCAUAAGGAACGAAGGCCUGACGGCAUUCUUCAAGGGUGGCGCGUGCAGAAUGAUUGUGAUAGCGCCUUUGUUCGGGAUUGCGCAAACCGUCUAUUAUCUUGGAGUUGCCGAAAAACUCAUGAAACUUCAGUAAGAAUGAAAAAGCUUUAAUUCCUUUAUGGGCAUACAUACGCAAGCGCCCGUAAACGAGCGUCCACGCGUAUAAUAGUCAAUUGCUCGAUACGACCGACAAUAAUGAUAAUAAUAAUAAUAAUA